UAUAAAUUGUAUGUUGUCUUUAAAAUUGUUUAGAUACAUUAAUUACAUCAUCUUGUGUUCCCCAUGUUAAAAACCCCCCUGAUAUUUACAAGUGGUGGAUUAGAAGAAAAGGUUUGGGGAAGAAAAAUUAGGGUUUAGAAUGGGUAUUAUGGGUGAAAUAUGCAGUGCGAUAAAUGAAAUCGACGGCAAGAAACAAAAGCUCCGGGAAUCAUUGAAACACCUCCUCCUUGUUCUUCAAUCAAAUAGUAGUGAUAGUGUGGCGAGGAAUCUGAAAUGGGAGGAUUUGGAUUCAUACUUGAAAAAACUCGAGUCCUCUCUCCAAACUAAAUACAAUCUCCUCCUCCGCCACCAAUCCCCAGUAGAAGAAAGGAGUACGGAAUUGAAACGUUUAUGUGAGAAUUCAGAUGGUUUAGGGUUAAAACAGUUUGUUGUUACUAUUACUAGUAGUGAAAGUGAAUCCGCUCCUGCUGAUCCACUUUCAAUUUUGGUUGAGGCUUUCACCCGCUAUGCACCUCAUACUGCACCCGCUAUGGUUCUCGACUCGAUUUCACUGGAUCAAUUCCACCCCUCUUCUCCUCUGGUUAUUAUGUUGCAAGCUCUGAUACGUUUUAUGCAAAACCAACCACCUGAACCUGCAGACAUUGAAUCAUUAAAGGAUAAGGCUAUGCAGGUUGCCCUCCAAUUGAGGACUUGUAGUUCUUCUUCAUUGGGUUUUUUGCUUCUUGUCAAGGCCUAUGGUUUGAUUCACCGAUUUGACAACCACCUUGUUAUCGAUUCCUUUAUCAUUCUUGCCCAAACACUGCCUUCCCAUGCUAUCCAUCUUUGUCCACAACUUCUUACUCCGAAUCACAUCAAUGAUCUUAUUCAGAAACUCAUUGAUAAAGGCAUGCAUAUUACUGCUGUCAAUUUUAGCCUUCAGCUUCACACGACCGAUCGUUUUCCACCGGUUCGUCUCUUGGAAGAGCGCAAGUUAAUGUCUACUACGGCUAUUGAGGAGGCACUCCACGAUGUAGAAGCUUGUAAUGAGGUCAUGCUGAGAGAAAUCGGCACAUUAAAGGCCAUUAUCAAAUGCGUUGAUGAAAAUCACCUGCACACAGAGUACCCAAAGGAUAGUGUGGUUGAACUUGUUAACAAACUCGAGAAUGAGGCGGAAAAUGCCAAACAACAUCUUGUAAAGAAACUAAGGAACGAUGAUCCUGGUAGCAAAAAACGACCAGCAAUAGCACGUGUAUCCAAGAAGAAGCUGCUGUCAAAGACAAAGAAACCAAAACAAGACAAAUUUCUUCAAACUGCAGCAUCUGCAGAACCACAGAAUGCCAUGCCGGCUGAAGAACCUCAUUCACAGGCAUCAGAUUUGUUGACAGGCCAUAUUGAUCAAUACCACAGUUCUUCAUGUGGCUCUGAUCCCACUGCUCCAUAUACCGCCCCAGCAAGUCCUUGUGAGUUGGCAAGAGCAAAUAGCGGUCACAGUGGCAAUCUGAUGCCUGUUGAUAAGGAGACUGGCCUUUGUGUUUCACAGUCACACCCUCCAUCUUGUUACAAUUCAAAUGGUUGGAUAUCGGAAUAAAACUUUAAAUUUCCAGUAGUCAUAAUAAUCUUAGGUUGGCCACAUCCAAUUUUUUAAUCUGUUUUCUUUUUGGAAAUAUGAUGUGUGUUGUUAGGUGCUCACAGCCUUCUAGGCAACAAGCUGUAAAUUUUUAAGAAAAAUUCAUUCCCUUUUGUUA